UAAUGGAUCGAUCAGGCGUGGUCGAUCAAGCAGCUUGAAACAGAAAGUCGUGUCUCUCUUUUUCUUGUGCGUCGUCUGAAAAUGAGAUGGCUGGGGAAGCAGACUUUCCUCCAAUUAGCAACCCCUACGCUGCUAUAGCGGGGCAGCUGUCGCCAUACAGGAUCGAUCCUUCUGUACUCAAGGAGGAGUCAGAAUUUAUUCUUCCCCUUGGCUCUGAAGGUAAAAAGUCCCAUGGAGAACGACUGCUGUGGUCAACGGGUACAGGCUACAUUGGUGGCCUUGUCCUGGGAUCGGGAUGGGGUGUUGUGGAAGGCAUAAGUCGCUCCACGGAGCUGUCAUCCAAGCUGCGAUUGAACAGCGUGCUGAACAGCAUAGGUAGAAGAGGACCGCUACUUGCCAACGGUUUGGGUGUCGUAGUCCUGAUGUACCGCAUGACGGACUCAGCCAUCAUCAAGGCACGUGGAAAUGUAGACGAUGAGUUCAAUCAAGUCGGCAGCGGUGCACUGGCCGGUGUUCUCUACAGGUGUACGGCUGGACCACGCGCAAUGGCCACUGGUGGAAUCCUCGGGUUGUUGGCAGGUGGCACUUUUUGUCUCAUGAAGAAGACAAUAUUUUCUUAGGCUGGAAUCAUCAUUUUAUUUAUAGACCUAAUUCAAGUUGCCCUGUAUUUUUUUUAUUCUAUGUCUGAACAGCUUGAGUUCUUGUUUUGUUUAGGAUCAGCAUGAAAUGUUGCGCUAAGACCAA